GCAUGGAAAUCUUUUACAGACUUGGUUCAGCAUCAAGGGGAUAGGGAUCGCCAGGACAUAGGAAUGUGCUGAUUGACAAUUGAGGCAAUCAUCACAUGUGUACAGCGAUGGAGCUUCCGCAACAUGUAAAUGCAAUAGAUUCAAUCCUUUCCUUGAAGAGGCAUUAAGUUGCAUAGUAAUGACUACAUUGUCGCGCCACUGGCGACUACCUGUUGAAGACCAACAGAGUUCAUUUAAAAGCCAACAUGGGGGGCUCAGGGUCCAGCUGUCAAGGUUCUACAUGAAUCCCAUUGUGCAACCGUUUGCAAUGCAACACAUCCCAUCCUUCUAUGCCAGGACGGGCCUUGUCCGCUUCAGUCUUACCACUUGCCUCCACUCCCACCACCAUCCGAAGGAACUCCCCAUACAAUGCAACUCAAGCCAACUUUCAAUUUUGACAAAGGAAUGGCUCUGUCUUCCUGCUGCCUGCCGCCAUCUCCCACUGGUCAUUGCAGCGCGAGCUCGUGCAAUGUGCUAGCAGGUCCCUUCAC